AUGGUUUUUUCGCAAACGAGUCUCAAUACUCAAACUGUUUUGAAAGUGGUAGAGCUAGAUCGUUUAAAGAACGAGAAGAAGAACUGCGUAAACGGUCUAAACGGAGUGAUUACCGACGGAUAUUCAAACACCGCAGCUCCGUCUUCGCCAGUGGCUACAACCAGCAGCUUUGCAGAGGUUUACUUGAAAUCGGAGCCCCUAUUCGAGAGCGCAAUGUUUCACGAAACGGACUACGAGUUCUUCCAAGAUCUGGUUCCGUUGUCCUGCGUUCCCGCAAAGGAAGAAGUAGUACAGACCAUUGAUUCAUCUAAGAAUACUGAAGAAAGGGCACUUAAGAUCGACACACCAUACACACAAUUCUCACCGCAAGGUUGGGAAAAUUUAGACGUUAACUCCCAGUUUCCACAGGCAGGCUUAUACAAUAACAUCUCCCCGCAUGAACCACUGUCGCCGAACGAAAAGUUCCCGCAGUAUGACGCCAACAUGCCUACCUUCCCAGAAUGGGAUAAAGAUACCAACAACGUGCAGUUUAAGGAAACAUUCUUAGACAUUAGCAGACUGCCAGUGGUUAUUGGAGACUUACCGUCUGAGACGGUCGCUGAUACUAAUCCGUGGCAAGUCCGGGAUCCAGUAGAGUUGACCAACACACAUGACACCCAAUAUUAUCAUAUGUACACCAAUCCACCUCACAACACAGCGCCCUUCAUCGAUGCAGAAGAUUCCCUUGAUCUUAAAUUUGGAUCCGUCAUCCCACGGGAGGUGGAAAGCAACAACGUAGUUAUUUCCGAGUUCAUCAUCAACGAAGACCAAGACCUAAUGGGGGCAAUGCAAGAACCGGCGAUGCCGAGGCGUGUCGAGGGGCUGUCCGUGGACGUGUCGGCGCGGGCGCCCGCCUGGCCGUUCGACACCAUCAGCACUCCUGAAGUGCUCAGCUAUGUGGAGCAACUAGAAAAAGAAAAAUGCACACAGCCCUUGAAACCUCAAGAGCACUGGACGGCCCACAACGCUUCUCUAUCCGCCUCGAGGGAGUCUUACACGGACCUCUCUCUGUCUACAUCAAAGGAAACAUUCACAGAAUUGGACACACCGCCGCCCCCACAAGUCGACUAUGAGCCCAUCACACCAAAAAGCGAAUCUCACAUGGAAUCAGACAAUGAUGACGUCAAAUCUACCGCAAGUAAGAGAAGACAUCAAGACAGCGAUGAAUCCGAUGAGACUUACACACCGUAUACUGAACAGCCAUCCAGGAAAUAUAAAAGAAGGAAACCAAGUGUUCCAAUCAAGGACAUGAUUCUAGCACUAGAAGGUCAACCUAAGGCGCGAAGAGGACGCCCCCCUAAAAGACGGGAGAGUACUGUGUCCUCGGUGUGUAGUGUAGACGAGAACUCGUCGUCUAUCUCUACACAAGAGUUUAAGUAUAGAGAAUUAAGAGAUAAGAAUAAUGAAGCCUCUAAACGGUCUCGAAUGAACAGGAAACUCAAGGAGCUACAGAUGGAACAGUUAGCUGAUGAACUAGAAGAGAAAAAUAAGAAGUUGAGAGUUCGAGCUGACAUUCUAGAAGAAAUGACAAAGAGGCUGAAGAACGAAUUGAUGUCUGCUAUUCUGAAGAGUAAAUGA